AUGGCAGAUAGAUCUCUCGUAUUCUCCCCGGCUCCGUACCAUAUCCUCUCGUACGGCACGCUUUUGGGCACCCAGUUCUUUCACGUGAGCCACAGUCCAUGGAUCUCAUCGAGAGGUCUCAUCAAACCCUCGUUUCCUGCUCCUGCUCCCGCUCUGCCGUUCACGUUCCCGCUCCCCAAACACAGGAGGCAGCAACUAACCCAGUCCCCCCCAACCAACCAGACAUUCAUCAACUCCAUAGCAGCCUUCAAAGUGCUAGAGCGUCCCCAAUUCGCCGUUCUGCAGCGCGCGCUCUUCCCAGCCUACUUCGGCAUCCAGACCGCAGCGCCCGCCCUGCUCGCCCUGACCUACCCGGGCACCAGCACCCUGGGCGCGCUGAACCGCGGCACCAUACCAACCGGCAUCAGCGGCGUGCUGCACGCGUCGAACCGCUGGGGCGUGCUGGCGCCGCUGGCCACGGUGUUUGCGACGGGCCUCGUCAACCUGGUGUACCUGCUGCCCGAGACCAACAAGGUGACGGCGGCGCGGAGGAAGCAAGGGAAGAAAGAUGGCAAGCAGAGCUGGGAUGCGGCGCCCCAUUCGAACGAGAUGGAAGCCCUGAACAAGAAAUUUGGCCAAUUGCACGGCAUCUCCUCGCUGCUGAACAUGGCGACGUUUGCAGCAACGAUUGUCUACGGGUUUACUCUAGCCUCGAGGAUCGAGUAG